AUGAUGAUGAUGAAGCCAUCACAUAAUGCAACUUCAACAUUACUAGUAGACUCAGGUAUUACCAAAUGGAAUUCACCAGUCCCUUAUCUUUUUGGUGGUCUAGCAAUUAUAUUGGGACUAAUUGCGUUAGCGUUAUUAGUCGUAACUUGUUCAUACAAGAAACCUUCAACGGAAGAAUCAUCGUCGCGUUCAAACAACGUUAAUGAUUCGGAUCACGGUCAAGAGAAGAAGACGAUAGAGUUGAUGAAACCGGAGAUGGAACCUAAAUUUGUUGUGAUCAUGCCCGGGGAUUACAACCCUACGUGGUUAGCCAAACCGACUUUGCCUAUCCGCUAUGGUCCCAACAAAGUCUAA